GACGCGCACGACGUCUCCCCUCUAUUGUUAUUGUGGCGUGCGCGAGACGAACGGACAGGAUGCACGAGGAGACAGUGAGGCUGAUAAAACGAUAAAACAGAGAAACAUCAAGUUAAAUGAACGAUAGCUCGUGAUAAUAAGGGGAUUGAAGCUAGCGUUAGCGCUGCUGUGAACACAGGGUUGACAUUUAGCGGUAAAACACAAAUAUCAGCUCAGCUCUCAACAUAAAACGUUACGGAUCUGUCUACAACACUUGAGACGAUCUUUCUGUCCAAGUUCCCCUCUCCUCUCCGGCUGAUGUGGACGGAUUCAGACCUGGGCCAUCAUGAUGCCAGUGAACUUUCUGGUCACUCAUUGGCUGAUCAGCUUAACACCAGCAUCAUGUCGGUGAAUCCUCCCAGCAGCAACGACGCCUGCCUCAGCAUCGUCCACAGCCUCAUGUGUCACCGGCAAGGCGGGGAGAAUGAGGGCUUUGCCAAGCGGGCGAUCGAGAGCCUGGUGAAGAAGCUGAAGGAGAAGAAGGACGAGCUGGACUCGCUCAUCACCGCCAUCACCACCAACGGCGUCCAUCCCAGCAAGUGUGUGACCAUCCAGAGGACGCUGGACGGACGGCUGCAGGUUGCGGGCAGGAAAGGUUUCCCUCACGUUAUUUACGCUCGUCUGUGGCGUUGGCCCGACCUCCACAAAAAUGAACUGAAGCACGUCAAGUUCUGCCAGUACGCCUUUGACCUGAAGUAUGACAAUGUGUGUGUGAACCCCUACCACUAUGAGAGGGUGGUGUCACCUGGGAUCGUCGGUCUCAGCCUUCAGAACACAGCUCCAGGCGGCCUGAUCAAAGAGGAGUACAUCCAUGACUGUAUACAGAUGGACCUCCCGCCGGGAAUGCCUCUGUCCGAACACCAAGCUGCCAUGAAGCUGCCCCCGCCAGACCACUACGGCCAGCCUCUGCCCCCCCAACAGCUGCCCACUGAGCCCCACGGACCCCCGCCCGUCACCCGAUACACCAACCUGCCCAUCUCGCCCAAAGUGUCCGGCUCAGGAUCCAUGAUGCCUCUGCAGGGGGGUCACGGUGACGGCCGCCUCCAGACUGCAUCACCACAGGCUCAAGUCAUGACCCCUGUACCGAGACCUCCGACCCCGACUCAGCCCUCCACUCAUCAGCAGGCCGCCCAGCAACAGACACAGCCCCCACACCCUCACCCUCAACAACCCCCCCACCCUCCGUCUCAGUCCCACGGGCAGAACGGAUACAGCAGCAAUAAACACUCGCAGAGCCAGGUGGCCUUUCACACAGUGUGGACAGGCAGCAGCACAGCCUCCUACACUCCUGUAGGACCCCAGCAGAACGGACGAGGUCACCAACAGCCCCCCCUCCAUCACCAAAACCAUCACUGGUCUCAGCAUCACGGCUCUGCCUCCUUCCCUCCGUCUGUAUCCAAUCAUCCAGGUCCAGAGUUCUGGUGCUCCAUCUCCUACUUUGAGAUGGAUGUUCAGGUGGGUGAGAUGUUCAAGGUUCCCUCCAGCUGUCCUGUAGUGACUGUAGACGGAUACGUCGACCCGUCAGGAGGCGACCGCUUCUGCCUCGGCCAGCUGAGCAACGUCCACCGCACAGACGCCAGUGAGCGGGCCAGGUUGCACAUUGGUAAAGGUGUGCAGCUGGAGUGUCGUGGCGAGGGCGACGUGUGGAUGCGUUGCAUGAGCGACCACGCCGUGUUUGUUCAGAGUUACUACCUCGACAGGGAGGCGGGCCGAGCACCAGGGGACGCUGUCCACAAGAUAUACCCUGGAGCAUACAUCAAGGUGUUCGACCUGCGGCAGUGCCACAGACAGAUGCAGCAGCAGGCAGCCACUGCUCAGGCUGCAGCAGCUGCUCAGGCGGCCGCUGUAGCAGGAAACAUCCCUGGUCCAGGCAGCGUGGGAGGAAUCGCACCUGCAGUCAGUCUGUCUGCAGCAGCGGGGAUUGGCGUAGACGACCUGAGGCGCCUCUGCAUCCUGCGGCUCAGCUUCGUGAAGGGCUGGGGGCCAGACUACCCCCGUCAGAGCAUCAAACACACCCCCUGCUGGGUGGAGGUCCACCUGCAUCGCGCUCUGCAGCUUCUGGAUGAGGUGCUGCACACUAUGCCUUUAGCAGACCCCGGACCUGCUAACUGAGGACCAAGAGCACGCUCAAAUCCCUGAUCUGGAUCUUCUGAAUGUGCACACACAGACACAUGUUAGCUUCAGGCCAAAUAGAUUUAAAAAACAAAGAAAAUCAAUCAGAAACACACUGACAUCAUGCUCGUAACAAUCAAUGCACACACAUGCACACACACUGUAACCAAAACGUCUGUACACACACAGACAUUAGAGCGCUGAUGUCUUUGGGAUUUUUCUCCCCUGUGCAAUCAAAACUCAAACACGAGGGAGUCAGAUCUCUGAAGGUUACCAUUUCAAAUCCAGUACUCUGUCCGAAAGACGUUUGUAUGCACUGUAGAAAUCCAGGGAUGUGUUUCAGGAUUCCAGUUCCCCCGUAUGCAAUCUGGAUUUCCUCUAGUUGUCCAACACACACACACAAACACACACACACACACACACACACACACACACACACACACACACACACACACACACACACACACACACACACACACACACACACACACACACGUAGAAAUCAUGCACGACUCAACACUCCAGACAGAUAACUGCUUACCUCUGAGACAUGCUGACAGUAAUUAAUCAGCAGCAGAACUGAUGUAGAAGUUUGGAUUAUUAUGGAAACCAGUGUUAAUCAUCUCUGUGCUCGUACUGUGCUCCUCACUGUUAUUGAUCAAACUGUUAGCAUCGAUAGCUGGUUAGCCUCCUAUUACGCUCAGCUCGAGCUAUAUUAUUAUUUUUGUACCAAAAAGACUAAAAAGCCAAAAACAUUUAGCUUUAAAGUGGUGUUGUUGUUCUCUGUAAUGAAGCAGUGCUACCCUGUAUGUAACCAAAUGGUUGGUGUGAAUCACCAAAACCAGAUUACCUCAUGAUACAGUGCGAAGUUUCAUUUUCUACUGCCUGAAGCGCACACAUACGUCAUCACUGACAGGUUGAUCUGUGAGGGACUGAACACUAAAGCCCUCUGAAAGCAUCCUGACUCCAACACUACGUUAAAUUCACUUUUUAUUUCAUUAGCUUUGAAAUGCAUCGCUGCAACAUCCUUCUGAAUCAAUCAUAGUGUGUCCACUAACAGUUCUUGCAUUUGUCCCUGACCAGCUCAGAUUGUUAUUCUCAGUGUCUGACAGCAUUACAGAAAAGAUCCCUCCAGAGAUUUAAGAGGAAGAUGAUGUUUAACCACCAACAGCUGUUACAACACUCUCUGUAAAGCCACCAAACUUCAUUGAAAACUUCAUUUCUAUUUCCCCUCAGAAUAUAUGAGUAGCAGCUGUACCGCUGCCUGGCCUGGUUACUUUGCUGAUUUUUUAAAUGUCACUAAAAUGCCGUGUAACAUCAAACCGACUAUUUAAGACACCAAAGUCGCACAGUAACACUCAACAGUCAGGGCAACAGCAGUCAGGCAACCCCCAUAAUGUUGCUUUAUUGUGAAGCUUUGCGGUUCACUCAAGUCAUACAAACUCCGGAGCUUCGUUAGCAUUUUAUGAUGAAUGCCAUUAUAAAGGAUAAAUCUUUAAAGAAUAAGAAAAUAAAUGUAAAAACAAAAAGAAGAAUACAUGAAGGGUUAGAGAGAUCAGUAAGUAUAUAAAAAAGAAAAAACUAUUAGCAUAAGGGCCUGUGUCCACUGACAGCAUUAGGUUUUCAGUGUUCAUUGUCCUCAGCACUCUGAUUGAAAACAUGUCAAUGCCAGUUUGCUAUCACUGACCAAUCAAAAUGAUGAAGUGGCGGGACUUUAAAAAUACCGAUGAGUAGUGGCAAAAAUGACAAGUGGACACAGACUUUUAUUCUCUUUCAUGAAUACAGUGAUUUACACUUUUGGAAACAUGUUUCACUUUAUACGCCCGAGGUAGCUGACUUUUUAAAAACAUUUCAUUGUUCAAAAAACAAAACAUCAGAGGUGAAUGUUAGGAAGGUAAAGGGACCAAAAUGAAUUAAUGAGGAUUUAUGAAAAUAUACAUUUAUAAAAAGAAUAAGAAAAAUCAAAGAUUGAUGAACUUCAUGAAAAAUAUGAGUUUAAAAAAUAUAUAUGAAUAAAUACAAACAGAAUAUCAAUGAACACAAGGAGUUCUUGUGAUCCGUCUGAUUUCUCUUUAUAUUUCUUAUUCCUGCUCCCUCUUGUGACUCCUCUUCAAACUUUAACAUGUAGUUUUUCUAUCCACCGAUUUAUAUUUAUUAUCGUUCUACUCUGACACCAUGAGACGGGUCGGUGCUGUUAUAUUUAUGUUGAUUCAGAUCCAGGUGAGGAGAAACGUACAUACGGGUUUGUGUGUUUGGAGUCAGGAUGCUGAGCGUCUCCGUCAGUUAAACUUGUGGUUCAGCUGCUUUACAAACUUCAUUAACAUUUAUGCAUUUAGUGAUAUUUGUGCCUUUUGUUGUCAACAGUAGAUGCACCAACACUGGACUGUACUGCAGACACACCGCGUGUCUGUUCACAUGAAGAUUCAUGUUGUGGUUGUUGAUGGUUUUCUGUGUUUCCCUCAGGUAUCUGUGAUGAUCUCACCGUGUGUCAGAGAAAUAUGAACACACACUCACUAUACCUGAGUACAGUUAUUUAUUGCCUUAGUCUUUGUGAGUGUAAAAUAUGAACGCUUGGCACUAUUUUAAUCUUAGCAUAGACGACACUAAUAGAUGUCAUAUUUAUCUGUUCUCCUCGGCCCGCAUUCAGGGAACUGUUCGAUAGGCUUUCUCACAUCUUCAUCAUCAUUUUCAUCGUCUUCAUCAUCACCAGAUCACCUGACCUCUCUACAAUCACUAACACCACCUCCGUCAUGGCUUCUGUUUGCUGACACUGUCUGUUUGUUAUAAAUAAAAUACACAGGAAUCAUAACAUUUGAA